UUCCUGUUCUUUUCCCUCAGCUGUUCAGAGAAAACAAAGCUCUGUGUGUCCGGACGAAGUUCUCCAUGAGCUGAGUGGAUUCUGCAGAAUGGAUCAGAGCGAGGACCAAAAGGCACAAACAAAUCCCACAAAAACUUCUGACAGACCUGAACCUGAAUGUGGUCUUAAACAUGGACCUGGACCUGGAUCGGCACUGAGCUGUGUGUCCUUUAAGAGUGACCACUCCAAGGAUCCGCCACUGACUUUUCAAAUAGAGUCAACGAGGAAGAGAAGAUGGAGUCCUGGUCCUGAACCGCAACACGGAUCUGAACCUGGAGCUGAAGCAGAACCUGGACCUGCUCCGAGCUGUGUGUCAUUCAAGAGUGACCAGUCCAAAGAGCCACCAUUGACCUUUAAUGCAGGGUCAGUAUUUACAAAAGGCUUUGAUCACAAAGUGGAGCAGCAGAGCUCAGAGGUUCCCACUGGUCUACAGGAUCAGACUCAGCUGGACUCCAUAUUUAAGCUGCUGGAGGAGAACAUCUGCACUUUUGUGAAGAACGAACUGAAGAAGUUCCUGCAGGUUCUGAGUACAGAUUACCCAGAAUGCUUAGAGAGUCUGAGUGAUGAGGAUGAAGAGCAGAGGAGGAGCUCCGAGGCUUUUCUGAAGAUCACACUGAACUUCCUGAGGAGGCUGAAGCAGGAGGAGCUGGCUGAACGUCUGCAAAGGAGAAGUCGGUCUGGAGUUCAGCAUGAACUGAAACGUAACCUGCAGCAGAAAUUUGAGUGUGUGUUUGAGGGCAUCGCUAAAGCAGGAAACCCCAAAACCCUCCUGAACCAGAUCUACACAGAGCUCUACAUCACAGAGGGAGGGGCUACAGAGGUCAGCCAGGAACAUGAGGUCAGACAGAUUGAAACAGCAUCCAGGAACCCACACAGACCACCAACAACCAUCACAUGUGAAGACAUCUUUAAAAGACCACCUGACAGAGAUCAGCCAAUCAGAACAGUGCUGACAAAGGGCGUGGCCGGCAUCGGGAAAACAGUCUUAACACAGAAGUUCAGUCUGGACUGGGCUGAAGACAAAGCCAACCAGGACAUCCACUUCAUAUUUCCAUUCACCUUCAGAGAGCUGAAUGUGCUGAAACAGAAGAAGUUCAGUUUGGUGGAACUGGUUCAUCACUUCUUCACUGAAACCAAAGAAGCAGGAAUCUGGAUCUUUGAAGACCUCCAGGUGGUGUUCAUCUUAGACGGUCUGGAUGAGUGUCGACCUCCUCUGGACUUCAACAACACUCAGAUCCUGACUGAUGUUACAAAGUCCACCUCAGUGGAUGUGCUGCUGAUGAACCUCAUCAGGGGGAACCUGCUUCCCUCUGCUCACCUCUGGAUAACCACACGACCUGCAGCAGCCAAUCAGAUCCCUGCUCAGUGUGUUCAUAGGGUGACAGAGGUCAGAGGGUUCACUGACCCCCAGAAGGAGGAGUACUUCAGGAAGAGGUUCAGAGAUGAAGAACAGAGCAACACAAUCAUCUCCCACAUCAAGACGUCACGAAGCGUCCACAUCAUGUGUCACAUCCCAGUCUUCUGCUGGAUCACUGCUACAGUUCUGGAGGACGUGUUGAAGACCACAGACAGAAGACAACUGCCCAAGACCCUGACCGAGAUGUACAUCCACUUCCUGGUGGUUCAGGCCAAACUCAAGAACAUCAAGUAUGAUGGAAGAUCUGAGACAGAUCCACACUGGAGUCCAGAGACCAGGAAGAUGAUCGAGUCUCUGGGAAAACUGGCCUUUGAGCAGCUGAAGAAAGGAAACCUGAUCUUCUAUGAAUCCGACCUGACAGAGUGUGGCAUCGAUAUCAGCUCAGCCUCAGUGUACUCAGGAGUGUUCACACAGGUCUUUAUAGAGGAGAGAGGACUGUAUCAGGUAAAGAUGUUCUGCUUCAUCCAUCUGAGUGUCCAGGAGUUUGUGGCUGCUCUUCAUGUCCAUCAGACCUUCAUCAACACUGGAGUCAAUCUGCUGUCAGAAGAACAAACCACACCCCAGAGGUCUGGAUCCGCACAGACACAGUUCUACCAGACCGCUGUGGACCAGGCCUUACAGAGUCCAAAUGGACACCUGGACCUGUUCCUGCGCUUCCUCCUGGGUCUAUCACUGCCGACCAAUCAGAGUCUUCUACUUGGUCUGCUGAAACAGACAGGAAGUAGCCCAGAGACCAAGAAGAAAACAGCUGAGUACAUCAAGAAGAAGAUCAAUGAGAAUUUGCCUGUAGAGAGGAGCAUCAACCUGUUCCAUUGUCUGAAUGAACUGGAGGAUCAAUCUUUGGUGGAUCAGAUCCAACAGUACCUGAAUUCAGGAGGUCUCUCCUCAGAUGAACUGUCUCCUGCUCAGUGGUCAGCUCUUGCCUUCAUCUUACUGUCAAUGGAGAAAGAACUGGAUGUUUUUGACCUGAAGAAAUACUCUGCUUCAGAGGAGGCUCUUCUGAGGCUGCUACUGGUGGUCAAAGCCUCCAAGAAAGCUCUAUUGAGCGGCUGUAACUUGUCAGAGAGAAGCUGUGAAGGCCUGUCCUCAGUUCUCAGCUCCAAGGCCUCUAGUCUGAGGGAACUAGACCUAAGUAACAACAACCUGAAGGAUUCAGGACUGAAGAUACUGACAGAUGGACUCAUGAAUCCAGAAUGUAAACUGGAGACUCUCAGACUGUCAGGAUGUCUGAUCACAGAGGAAGGAUGUUCUUCUCUGGUCUCAGCCCUACAGUCCAAUCCGUCCCAUCUCAGACUGCUAGACCUGAGCUACAACCAUCCAGGAGCCUCAGGACAGGAGCUGUGUGCUCUAGUGGAGGAUCCACACUGGACACUGGACACUGUCAGGUUGGAGCCCAGUGGAGUCCGAUGGUUGAGACCAGGUCUGAGGAAGUAUUUCUGUGAACUCACCCUGGAUCCAAACACAGCAAACAGGAAACUCAAGCUGUAUGAAAACAACAAGAAGGUGACGAAUGUGAAAGAGGAUCAGUCGUUUCCUGAUCAUGAGGACAGAUUUGAGACGAGGCCUCAGCUGCUGUGUUCAACUGGUCUGACUGGUCGUUGUUACUGGGAGGUCGAGUGGAGUGGCGGGGUUGACAUAGCAGUGACUUACAGAGGAAUCAGAAGGAAAGGAGAUAGUCGAGACUGUGCAUUUGGAUACAACAAUCACUCCUGGAGUCUGAGGUGGGACGCUGGUCGUUUCUACAUCCGUCAUGAUAACAAACAAACAGUCCUCCCUCAGUCCUCCACCAGGUCUGGUAUUGUAUCAGUGUAUGUGGACUGUCCUGCUGGAUUUCUGUCCUUCUACAGAGUCUCCUCUGACAAACUGAUCCACCUCCACACCCUCAACACCACAUUCACUGAACCACUGUAUGCUGGGUUUAGACUCAGUUCUGGAUCCUCAGUGGCUCUGUGUGAUGAGUAGGUGUGUAGAUGUGGUGUGCAGAUGCAUAGUCUCCUAUUGUGUAGAGAAACAGCUUCACUUAUGAUGACAUAGUCCAGUCAACAUGAUCUCACACUUUUAUCAUAUUGACAUUUGGUUGUUAUGUUGGACCUUAGCAUUUGUUACAGUACUUCACUACUAUACUUCACUACUUCCUCUCUGAGUCAGAACUUUUAACUGAGUUGCUAUGGGAUGACCUCAAACACAAAUCUCUGUUCCAUAAAAGUUAGAACAUUUUAUAACAUGAAAUGAAAAGGAGAAUUUGUUACUUUUUUAACACACUUGAACAUUUGUUCUCAUGAUGGAAGUACAAAAAAAGCCUUGAGAGUGGUAUACCUCUAUGCUGACGUAGUGAAUACUGUUAAAGCAUGAUGAAAGCAAUGAGUCAUUUUGGCCUGAGCUCAUGUCAGAUGAACUGAAAGACAAUGGAAAUGUGUGCUUU